AAUAACCCGGCGGCGGCCUACGGCGAUAUAAACCGUAUAUUGAGGGAGCAAGCCGUGGUACAGAGCAGAGGAGGGGGGAGAGAGAGAGAGAGAGAGAGAGAGAGAGAGUCGUGUGUGCGUGUGUCCCCGGGGUUCUAGCUUUGGGAUGCUGAUGGCGACCGUCUCGCCGGCGCGGAGGGAGCCGACGCCGCAGGCGGUGCGGGCGUCCCCGAUGCCAUCGGCGGCGGCGGCGUUGGUGAGGAGAGGCGGUGGUGGUAGCGGGGGGACGGUGCUGGGGAAGUACGAGCUGGGGCGCGUCCUGGGACAGGGCUCGUUCGCGAAGGUGUACCAGGCGAGGCACCUGGAGACCGACGAGUGCGUGGCAAUCAAGGUGCUCGACAAGGAGAAGGCCGUGAAGGGCGGGAUGGUCCACCUCGUCAAGCGCGAGAUCAACGUGCUCCGCCGGGUGCGCCACCCGAACAUCGUGCAGCUGUUCGAGGUAAUGGCCAGCAAGACCAAGAUCUACUUCGUCAUGGAGUAUGUCCGCGGCGGCGAGCUCUUCUCCCGCGUCUCCAAGGGACGCCUCAGGGAGGACACCGCGCGGCGCUACUUCCAGCAGCUUGUCUCCGCCGUCGACUUCUGCCACGCCCGCGGCGUGUUCCACCGUGACCUCAAGCCCGAGAACCUCCUCGUGGAUGAGAACGGGGACUUGAAGGUCUCGGACUUCGGCCUCGCCGCCGGCCCCGACCAGUUCGACCCCGACGGUCUGCUCCACACGUUCUGCGGCACGCCGGCCUACGUCGCCCCCGAGGUGCUCAGGCGCCGCGGAUACGACGGCGCCAAGGCGGACAUAUGGUCAUGCGGUGUCAUCCUCUUUGCGCUCAUGGCCGGGUACCUCCCUUUCCAUGACCACAACAUCAUGGUUCUGUACCGGAAGAUCUACAAUGGGGAGUUCAGGUGUCCAAGGUGGUUCUCCAAGGAUUUUACUAGAUUGAUAACGCGCCUUCUUGACGCAAACCCCAAAACUAGGAUCACCGUGCCAGAGAUCAUUGAGAGCGAUUGGUUCAAGAAAGGAUACAAGCCAGUCAAGUUUUACAUUGAGGAUGACAAGCUCUACAACCUGUCUGAUGACGUGCUGAACUUGGAGCCUGCUGAUCCUGUUCCCCCACCAUUGGGUUUGGCACCUCCUGUUCCUCCACCUCCACAAGGGGAUGAUCCUGAUGGUUCAGGGUCUGAGUCAGAUUCAUCAGUCGUAUCCUGCCCGGCCACAUUGUCAACUGGGGAGAGCCAGAGAGUCCGUGGGUCACUACCACGCCCAGCAAGCCUUAAUGCAUUUGAUAUCAUAUCAUUCUCAAAAGGAUUCAACUUGUCUGGGCUGUUUGAGGAGAGGGGGAACGAGAUCAGGUUUGUAUCUGGUGAGCCCAUGUCUGACAUUGUAAAAAAGCUGGAGGAGAUUGCAAAGGUCAAGAGCUUCACAGUGCGGAGGAAGGACUGGCGGGUGAGCAUAGAGGGUACACGCGAAGGAGUUAAGGGGCCUCUAACCAUAGGCGCGGAGAUAUUUGAGCUUACACCCUCCCUUGUAGUAGUGGAAGUAAAAAGAAAGGCAGGUGAUAAUGAAGAGUAUGAGGAUUUCUGCAACAUGGAGUUGAAGCCAGGAAUGCAGCACCUUGUGCACCAGAUGCUCCCAGCUCCAAAUGGAACUCCUGUGAGUGAGAAGGUUGAAAGGUCUUCAAGCUUACAGGCUCCCCUCACCCUGAAGUUGAUAGGAACAGAAGGCAGCAUGAGCUAGAGACAGGAGCUUCCAUGCAGUUGACAGGGAGAUCUCUUUUACCGGACCAAACCUGACCGGUCUGGUUCCCGUUGAUGAGCUCGUGGUUUUGAUAACUAGCAAGAGUUCUCUUUCUCUGGAUGGCCUAAGAUCGUUUUUAGGCAAUGGAUCGAGACAGUGGAUGUAGAUACUCCGGUUGUGGAUGGUGCCCAGGUGGGCGUUUAAAGUGGAUGUAGAUACCCUGGUUGUGGUGGUGCCCAGGUGGGCGUUUAAAGUGGAUUGUACUGGCCAGUUUUCUCUCGACUUAGCGGCUGUGUGCAUCUGCGGUUUGGUUUCUUUGGCAGCAUCGAAUAAUUUUGUGGUAACCAUGAUUCUGGUCGGGGGACAGUUGAUUGAGGUAUGGGAGGGAUAUGCAUGAGCCGGGCAUGUGCCGACCGAUUGGAUUCCGAAUCUUCCAUUCCUGAUGCCAUUAGCCCAUUAUUGGAUGCGAGGUGACAGAUUUGGGCACUGCAGUGCGGUUGGUUGGUUGGGGCCUGUGGGGACUGGGGGUCGAGAUUACUUGGACCUGCUGUGCUGCAGCGGCUUUGGCUGAGGUCACCGAGCACGUGAGAGCAUCGGUGGGUGGCAUGGUUGGCCUACCCCGGCAGUGGUGGCGGCCGGCUCGGGCCACGAGAGCGCCGCGCCGUUUGUGGUGGCGCACGGCUCUGCAGUCGGCGGCGGGCCCGUUGUUGCGCAUUUCCGUGAUAAAGAUCACCGUGGUAUGUCGUAUUCUGUUAUACAAUGCUCUUUUUGUGGAUUCGAACUUCGAAUAUGGAGUUAUGGACACGGGUGGUCAUCGAUGGAGACAACAGUGGCGAACCGGCGAUUUCAUAUGGCUCAGUGAGAUGCUUUAAGGUACAUAACAAUUUGAGGUAUGCAUUCAUUUAAUCAUGACAUGGCAUGAUUAACCUUGGAUUUGUGUGAAAGCUAUCACUAUAACGACCUGUACUCUUGGUGAUAUUCCCCACCGUGCCAAUUUCCUGGUAUCUACACUCCUCAACGGAUAUGUCGUGGAAAUGCAGCAUUUCUAACCCAACAGAUACAGGGAUCAUAUUUCAUCCUACAAAGAUUAUGUGAAAGAGAUCAGCAUAAUAAUGGAAAUACGCUUAAAAAGUAAAAUCAUGAAAAUUCCAUGUGAUAGUUAGGAUCGACAAUGACAAUGAUUAUAAUCAUAUCACAAUAUAAGAUAUAGCCUAUUGUAAUAUAAGAAUUUGAUGCUCUGUUUUAUAAUGUUACUACCUCUUUACUUCUUGUUUUUGAAUUAUUCUGCCUCCACUUUUCUUUCUAAGAGUAAAUUGUAUUUUAUACUAGCUAAAGCGUAGCAUGUUUCGCUUUGCA